AUGGAGGAGCCUCUGCUGGUCGCCCCCAUCAACCCCAACAACUUCCCGGCCAAGCUGUGGCGCCUGGUCAACAGCCCGCGGUUCCGCUCCAUCCGCUGGGACACCCGCGGCGAGGGGCUGCUCAUCGACCAGCCGCUCUUCGAGGCCGAGCUGCUGGGCGCCGGGCCGGGCCUCGGGGCGGGGCCGGGGGGCGACGGGGGCGCGGCCGCCUCGGCCGAGCUCUUCAAGACCACCAACUUCACCAGCUUCAUCCGGCAGCUCAACCUCUACGGCUUCCGCAAGGUGGUGCUGGGCCCGCCGGGCGGCGCCGCGGCCGCGGCCGCUCCCGGGCCCGCGGGCGGCGGCGGCGGCUCCUCCUCCGGGCCCCUGCACCACUUCCACAGCCCGCACUUCCGCCGCGACCGCCCCGACCUGCUUGUCCACCUCAAGAGACUCACCAGCGCCAACAAGGCCAAGCUGGCGGCCGGCCUGGAGGUGACCAGCCGCCCGCCCAACCGCUUCCAGCGGCUGCUCAGCACCUCGCUGCACGGGGACCCGCUCGUGUCGCCGCCGGGGCCCGGCAAGGCCGAGAAGGCCGGAGCACUGACAAUAGGACAGUUUCAUCGGUCUUUUCGGCGAGACAGUUUAUCUCCUUACUCCUAUGUAUCUGCUUCAUCCCACAACCACAGCACUUUAUCAUCGAAAGGUUCAGAUCGGACUCCAAUCCCUCCCAGAACAUGGCAGAACUCCCUUGGGAUGCUUCCAGGGCAGAUGGAGACUUCCCCAACAUUUUCAGACAAAGGGGUUCCAUUUCCUGUACUCCAGAGAUUUCCAACAGAGGUCACGUACACUCUUCAACCCAGUGCCACGUCUAUGCACAUACCUCAGGCAAUGGCCACAUCUUCCCAGAAAUAUAGCAGCUACACACCUUCAGCGCAAUACUCCCAAACCUACUACCCAACAGCUGUGUUACAGUGCUGCCCACCUGCGGCUCACCUAGAUCCUCUUAGUGGCUGUGGCAGUCCUACAGCCUCAGCCUAUCCACACUGCAGCUAUUUCCAGAAUCCUCCAAUGCAAUCAUCAUACCCAGUUGAAUUUUUGCCAUCUAACUGGCCAUGCAAUACAUCUGAUGAAAACAAGAAGACAGAAGUAAACCUAGAGGCUGUCUUUCAGAUUGUAGAUGAGAUGCAUUCAUCCCCCAAGCUAGAGAUGGUGAAGGUGGAACCUGUGGAGAACCAGUGUCCAACCCCACAGCCUAAUGCAGGCCAGCAAUUGAUAGUUAAUCCUGGGAAUAAUGAUGCACCUUCCUCGAGUCAUGCCAGCCAGCUGGAGCCUCUUACACCUGUAGGUUCUGAUAUUACAUUUAUGGUGGGAACAGAUCAAGCAAUAGCCUGUUCUCUGCCACAGUCUUCUGAAUUUAUUUAUACUAUCCACACCACCGAGCCUGUAGAGAAUACUGCUGCACAAAUGGUGCAGGAACCUUCAGCCACACAGGAAGAACAUGCAAAACUGAAAGAACAGAUGAGCCAUGCUUCAGCUCAGUCUUCAGUGGUGUUUCUUCAGGAGGGACUGCCAUUCAAUCCACAACAGGUGGAUCCCAGUAUUAAAUGUCAGACCAGUCCAACGGAGACAGUUGUGUCUUCGGAGCAGGUAGGAUUCCUUAUUUCAGAUGUGGAACCUGUGAGCAGAUCUGUCAAAGACACAGCUUCAUCCGUACAAACCAGGUGCAGAGAGAGAAGAAGCAGUUCACAAAAGGGCAAGUCUCCUGAUCUCCAUCUACUGGUGGAUGUAGCUUGCAAACAGGAGCACUUUCCAAAAGAAGAAUUAAGAGAGUGA